CUGUGGAGGCCGGGAACAGCAUGCUGAUUCGUAGGUUCGGAUCAAGCCUGACCAUCAUUAUUUGUACUGAUCAUCGUGAUGAUGAUCAUGUUGGGGCCACAACAAUUGGACAGGCUUGAGCCAAACUGUCGAAAAACAGGGACCUGGAUAAUCGACCUAGCGGACACAAACACGCUCCGAUUGCCCAACACAUCAGACCGAAGUCAAAGUAUUUAAGUACCUGCACCACCCUGUACACUCUGGUCUGCUCUAAAUCUUUUCAAGUGUCAAUAAAUGAGCAGUAAGUUGUGCUUUGUACCUUAGGAAGGAAGUUCCUGAACGGGGUCAUUUCUUGACCAAAACUGGUGAUGUUGGGUUCUAGAAGCAAGGGAACAUGUCUGGGACUCCAUCUGCCAACUCCACACUUCAUCUGGAAUGCGAACACAGGGAAUGUAACCGUCUUAUUGAUCACUAACGCGUCUGGUCACACAUGUGACAUUGGUGACCGUCAGUGAGUG